CAGAAUUCCUCAGUCUGUCGCGGGCCGCCGUCCCCGACAUAACAACAAUGCUAAGUGAAACACUAAAAAGUCGGGAGUCUCUUAAACUCUCGUUCAGUCGAAGCAUAUCGGAACCCGGACACAACUCAGGAUCUCUCACCAUGUCAACUCUAGUAUCUCCCCCUUCAAUAUCUCCUAGCCUGCAUCCUCCUAAACGAUUUAAACCCGAGUAUCUCAAUAAACCCAAAACUCUAUCCCCCCCUGGGACCGAGUUCUUAACCCCCCCAACCUCAUCUACCAUCAGUCUCCCCACCAGCCCCUGCACGGAGUCCUCGACCCUGCAACGCUCCCUAGUCAUCAAGAAAACCGGAACUAUAACCGGAGAAGGAUUGGCUAAUAGGAUUCAAAAACCGGGCAAGCCCGCAAAAACAUUUUUACUCUUAGACUGUCGCCCCUUUAUUGCGUACAAUGUUAGUCAUAUUCGUGGCGCAAUUAACGUGAAUUGCUGUGAUCGAUUCAACCGUAAAAGGUUGCAGCAGGGCAAAGCAAGUUUGGCGGAUUUAGCCACAACAAAAGAGGGCAAAGAGCAGUUGAAAAAGCGGAACUGGAAAGAGGUUAUUGUGUACGAUGACGCCAGCUCCGAUCUGACCAGCCUACCCUCAUCCCAUACACUAUUCCUAGUUAUUAAUUCUCUUGUAGAAGAUCUCAGACAGCCUCUUAUGCUAGUUGGGGGACUCAGAUGUUUUCAGACGACCCAGUCUAGUCUGUGUGAAGACUACUUGAUGCGCCCCCAAGUUGGUAGUCCCCUGGGUAUCCCGGGGCUCCCUGCUCCUCCUAGUCCCAUCGACAUGAGUCCCACCAAGGAUAUCGAAAACCACCCUGCCUCCCAGGUCACCAACUUCAUGUAUGUUGGGAACAUGAAGGAUGCCGGGGAUAUUGAUGUACUCAAAAGGUUGGGGAUCGAUCACGUGCUAAACGUAACGACGACAUCCCCUAGCUACACACCGGAUCCCGCCAUUAUUUACAAACAACUGCACGCCGCCGACAAUGGGUAUCAAAACCUCAAACAGUAUUUUGACGAGGCGUUUACCUUUAUAGAUACGGCGCGGCGUAGCGGCGGAGCUGUUCUAAUCCACUGCCAAGCCGGUGUAUCUAGGUCUCCAACAAUCGCCGUGGCGUAUUUGAUAAAGAACUACCCAAUGUGCAUGGUGGAUGCAUAUAGGUUUGUCAAGUCGCGUCGCUCCAUCAUCUCCCCGAACCUGAACUUCAUGGGUCAGCUCCUGGAGUUUGAGCAGGCCCUCAAGAGGGAGAAGACGGGCAAGCUCUGGGACAAGCCGGAGACGGUUGAGAAGUCAUGGACGGAGAAUAAUAAUACAACCUCGGACAUCAUCAGCCCUGGGUGCAAUGUUUAAAAACCAAAAUAUAGAUUUAAAUUGUCAGAUGUGUUCCUAAACCUACCCCAAACCUUCUCCAGGGUGGCAGAUAGACUUUAGCUCCUGUUCUACGGUAUCCAUUAAACAAAACUAGAUCCAGAUUUAAGAAGAAUUCCCAGAUUCUUGACAAUUAUUUAUAUGUUAUAGAUUGUCUUGUACCUCAUGUUAUGAAUAUAUUGGCAGCUACCCCCCCCUGAACUAAUUUACCCCCUCCUGAGGUUCUCUAUAAAAUCUAUAUAUAUUUAAUGAAUGUUGUGUGUUGAGGCCUCAAGGUGGGUUGUAGAGAGGAGGGAGGCCAUUCAUAACCUCCUUCUGCGCAAAACUUUCUGCGCAUGCGUCAAAAUCUGAUGAUGUAACCUCGUAUGACUCACAAUUUCAUUGACACACAGGGUGUGUCGAAAUUAAUGGUUAUUCCCCCCCCCCCCUCGUAAUUACGGG